CUCUCUCUGCCUGUUUCUUUUUCUCUUGAUCUUAUAUUAUCUCGUAUUCUUUCUUAUGUUUCUUGAAUUCCAUGUCUUAGAUCCGUUUCGACUUUCCAUGUCUCCUUUUGAUUUCAAUGUUACACAUCAUAUUUAUAUUGGGAGUUAGAAACAAUAGGAUAUUUCUGUUUAAUUUGCAGUUUGCACCAUGUUUGGGUUCUUUUCUUAGUUUAGAUGCGUAUUGGAGUUUCCUCCGGUGGUCUUCCUGUUAGACAGCUUCAUUUUUAUUAGGGUUUGGGGCCGGAACUCGGAAAACCCCAGAUGCGUCCUUUUUCUUUUUAAAUCUUGGACGUUUUUAUUGUCUUCUUUUUAAAGAUGCAUUAACCUAGAUGUGGCAACUGAAAAGGUUUGGCAUGAUUCAUUUGGCGAUUUCUCGUUUUGUGGUUCAGAUUUUGGUUCUCUAAUGGUAAAAUUUUCGUUUGCUUAGAUUUAGGUUUUGGAGAUGGCAAGUGGAUUUGGGGAAUCGACAAGCAAGCCACCCCAAAGCCCUUCUUGCUCAGGAAGUGGUAGCAAUGAUGCUGGCAAUUUUGAAUGCAAUAUCUGCUUUGAAUUAGCUCAGGACCCAAUUGUGACUCUUUGCGGCCACCUUUUCUGUUGGCCUUGUCUUUACAAAUGGCUCCAUAUUCAUUCACAUUCACAGGAGUGCCCGGUUUGUAAAGCCCUUGUACAGGAGGAUAAAUUGGUUCCUCUUUAUGGCAGGGGAAAGACACCAACAGAUCCAAGAUCAAAAUCCGUUCCUGGUAUUAAUAUUCCAAAUCGUCCAGCUGGGCAAAGACCGGAAACAGCUCCUCCUCCAGAUACGAACCAUUUCCCUCAACAUGGGUUUGGAUUUAUGGGUGGAUUCCCUCCAAUGGCGACUGCAAGGUUUGGGAACUUCACUCUUUCUGCAGCUUUUGGUGGUUUGAUUCCUUCCCUGUUUAAUCUUCAGGUGCAUGGUUUCCCCGAGGCUACUGUCUAUGGGGCUGCGGCUGGUUUUCCCUAUGGAUUUUCUAACUCAUUUCAUGGGGGCCACGCUCAUGGGUUCUCUCAGCCUACAAGUCAAGCACAACAAGCAGAUUUUUAUUUGAAGGUGAUAAUUUGGGGGGUUGUUGUCUUUGCGAUCCUUGCUCUUUUAUUGUAAUAGGUGAACAUGCUGCAAGAAUUAAAAUUGCGGAUGGAAGUCCGAGAUUUUCACUUGUUUGUAAAUCUGUAGGUCAAUUAGUUUGACUUUUAUUAUGAGGAAAUUGUCCAUAUGAUACUUUUUUCAAUCCUCUUCUAGCUUGUGUUCUGUCUUCCAAGUAUGUAGAACGUAACCUGUAUGUUUUCAUAGAUGACUUAA